GGAAAUUCCUCUUCGUAGCUCUGGCUUGUGCAAGCGUUAUCUAAAGCAAGCUAUAUAAAGAUAUCAAAAAAGCUCACUGUCAAAUGGGUGACGUUCAUUGCUUGUUGGUGAUGAUCCUUGUCCUGUAUUUUCCCUUACGUGUUAAAACUGGUGCCUUAAAGAAUGGCGAUAUAAGCAGUGAUGUUACAACCAAGAAAACCGAUCCUUUCAAGGCCGUAGAUAUGAUCAACUUAUUCAGAUCUUCGAACUUCCCCGAAAGGAGAAAAUUAAUACAAAGAAAAGCAAAAAAGAAAUUUGCCAAAACUCUCAGAAGGAACGAUAGCACAGGUUGUUCGAGCGAAACCGAAAGUUCGGACUACUCCGACAACAAUUUCGAAACUUCGGAAUACGUCGACGAUGUUUACGACAAUCGAUUCAAUUCGGAUGGUUCAGAUGACCCCAAAAAGUCUGGAGGAUCGGGCACGGACUCUGAGAGGUGCUGUAAUGGAUAUCCGUAUUAUGAUCCAAACGACUCGGAUUACUAAGAGAGACAACACGUUUUGUGUCUUAUUAACGCUAUCAUUUUUUUUUUCAUACGACAGAAAUCUUGUUCCUUUGUUUUGCGUCAGUGUGUUUAUCUAACCCUUAAAAAAUUAGCUUUGAUCUACACGCUUCAGUUACACGAUAUUAAAUUUUGGCGCCUCCUAUGAAGCGAUCUUUUGCUCUUGGUUUUUUUAGGUGGAAGAUUGUUGGUUGUGUAGGGAUUAAUAAACA